AUGAAGGCACAUCGGCUCCAACCCUUGCUCUCUUUGCGAAGCGGGCGUCAAGCAUGCCGGACUUACUCCUCGCUCUCCGAGCGCUUGCAUCAUGAACUAACCACAAGGAAGCUCCCGCUGACUUACGAUUAUCUACACCCGCAGCCCUCGCAUCUGUUGAAUCUUACCCUCCGUGAUCUUCUCCCGCAAUCCCGGAUCCCCUCUGAUUAUGCGACUCUCCCCUCAAUACAGAACCCGUCCCCGCUACCGGUCGGCCACCACUUGAUCUACUUCCCGCCGCAAGUGACACUGUCCCAACUUCUCCCGGAUUGCACAGACACUCUACACACGCCUGGUGAGCCUUUUAAUCGCCGGCUCUGGGCAGGCGGAAAUCUCAGAAUCCCAGUGUGCAGCCCGCAGCUAGAUGGCAGUCGCGCAGUCUGCAUAGAAUCUAUCCGCAACGUGACAGUCAAGGGCCGCGAAGGAGACGAGAAAGUGAUUGUCACAAUUGAGCGACGCAUUGGCAAUGUUCCCGAGGAAGAGACUGUCGAGCAGACCUGGAAUCGGAUAUGGAAAGAGAACGAAGCCGACGCAGGAGAAUCAUCGGUCAUUGAGAACCGAGACCUCGUUUUCAUGCGCUUAAAAACAAGCGCACAAAUAGAGGCCGAUAAAGCGCAGUUCGGCAAGCCUGAUAGGAUUGUUAAACGUGAGCAUAUACUCCCACUUCUUAAACGUGAUGUCAAGUGUACUAAUGAUUCUGGCGCAAAUGAAGCCCCCUCCGAUGCGACAUUCCGCCACACUCUAGUCCCCACCAAAGCGCUGUUAUUCAGGUUCUCGGCGCUCACUUUCAAUGCCCAUUCCAUCCAUCUUGAUAAGGGCUAUACUCAAAACCAGGAGGGAUUCCGGAACCUUUUGGUCCAUGGCCCGUUGACGCUCACACUUCUGCUGAGUGUGCUUCAGCAACAGCUGAGUCGAUUGAACCUUUGCAUUAACGCAAUUGAGUAUAAAAAUAUGAUGCCGCUUUUCGUCGAGGAGGAGCUGGUGAUUUGUGGCAAGCCUAAAAAUGGAUCUGGAGCUUGGGAUGUAUGGAUUGAGGGCCCAGAUGGAGGAUUGGCUGUUCGGGGUACUGCAAAGACGAGGCUGCAAUAA